CAGAAAUCCUAUCGCUUCUUGCCUCCAGAUACCGACCACCACUGCUUUUUAUUUUUCUCCCGUUCGGCAACGGCAACGUGAUACUCCGGGCUUCAGCGAAGGAUGGUGUAUCUUGCUUACAAUUUAUGUGAUGGACUGACUGACUGGUGACCUACGAAAAAGGCAGCGAGGGCUACUACGGAGGGAGGGGUGGAAUGACCGACACCGACGGCAGUCAGUCCUACCGCCCUUCCACUCUCAACCAACCUUGGAUUAGCUUCGCUCGUUCUGCCUGCGAAAAGCCAGUCCUGCACGAUACUGAUGUGAUGUGCAUCGCAUUUGAGGAGCUUAUUGCGCUCUCUCCUAUUGUUGUGUAUUGUACCGUGCUGGAGUAUGUGCAGUCCCUACCCAAGCGAAGCCAUAGUAGAUCUAGUGUAUGCCCUGUGUGCACUGUGCACCCGGAGUCGACCGACCGAGUAAGUAGUCUACUCCGUCCGCAUGGACCAAGAAGAAACCAAAAGUACGAAUCCCAGCCAGAAAGGCUAGAGGGCGAUCGGGGCCGAAACGAACGAAAGGACCGUGUGAGCGAGGGGAGGGCCUGUGAGGAAGAUCACGGGCCAACUUCUUGUUCCUUUCCGUCGGUUGAUCAGAGGGAAGCAGUAGCAGCAGCGGCACUGAUGAACAAGUUAAAUUAGAUACUAACUAGAGUAUAUACUAGCGUAUGUACAUAGGUUUUUAUGUCUACAUGUAUGUAUGUGGUAUGUCAGUAAAGUUUUUUUUUUUCGCAGGCAAGCAAGCGCCGCGCCCAUGAGAUAGAUAGAUAGAUAGUCAUGGAGCACGAGAAGCGUCAUGAUCGUUAUUCGUUCGUAAAGAGGGACACUGAUUAUUCAUGUUCUAACAUUUU